CCAGAACCCCCAUGUUUACUGCUGGUCAACUUUUGGCAAUUCGAUUUUUUGCAAUUUGUUAAGAAUUAGCACCACUCAAGAACAGACAAAGUCUAGUCAGCAAAGAAACAGCCCAGUUACUGCACCAAAUUAUUAAAAAAAAAUUAUGUCUGAACAAGUUUAGUCAUCAAGGUGUAGACUACACAUGGUAUGCUGGGUUGCAUCUGGGUGAAUUGACAGGCGAGGUCGGCCAGGUGAUUUCAGAACUGGUUCCUGUGCGGGCUGACUCGCUUGCAAGUCUCAGUUCCUGUGCAGUGCAGUAACGCUACUCGCUUGGUCAGAGGAUUGCAAUGAAACCCGCUCAGGAGCGCAACCAGGAGUGCCUGCCUCCUAAGAAGAGGGACAUCCCAAUUACAAACAGCGGUGGAGCUGCAGGGACCGGGGGAGGUGGGGCUGCAGGUGCAGGUGGUUGCAGUGGAGGCGGCAGUGGUGCUGGUGGUGUUGGAGAAGAUGAGGUGGUUUCCAUCCAGAACUCUGUAGCCAACAGCGACACUCAGGGAGGGACCCCAUCUGGAGAGUGGCUGCGAGCUCAGCCGGGACUUCAUUAUGGAGUGGAUAAUUCUGAUGGCAUAGCAGCGGUGCCCGUUGACCAGUACAGUAUGCUCUACAAAGUGGCUCUUCCAUCCGUUACCUACUCGCCUACCAGUCUUCACCCAGUUUUAAGCCAUAUCUCUCCAGCCUACACCGUUCAUUCUCCUCUCCUGCAGCAUCCGGGCCUUCCCUAUCCUCCUCUUGGUUAUGCCCAGAUACCUCAUUCUUCUCUACAGUUCGUUAGUUCCCCUUAUGCAGCGGUACCUUAUGCUCUAACCCCUGGCUUUGUCCCAGGAUCAUUGAUCUCUCCCUCAGGCACCAUCCCUCAGCCCCACUCUGUGUCCCACCUUGUUCCCUAUCCAUCUGUCAUACAGGAAGGUGUUGUUUCCCCACCUCCCCAGGCCCAGGUAGCUGCUCAUACCUUUGCCAAAGUCGCAGCAUCCAGUGGUGUCCCACUGAUGCUGCCUUCAGAACAAGCUGCCCAGCAGCACCUUGGUACUGUAGGAGUCCUGCCUGCAACAGAGCUCAGCUCUCGAGGGAUGCCAGUCUUCUACCACCCUCAGGGCGCCAGGGGUGCCACUGCUACCAGAGACCCCCACAUUGCCCACCAGGAGAACGAACCAGAGAUGAAUGGAGGGGAUAAAGAGCAGGGAGCCAGGGAGGCCUACACUGCCAGAAAUGCACGUCUACUGCAGGUAGGACCCAGCUCUGCAGCACAAGAGCAUGGCCAAGACAGAGGCCUGCAGAACCGAAGGCUGGAGGAGAGGAGCUCACCUGGUCAGCGCAGCACUCCAGACAGCGACCUGGAGGUGCAGCAGGUGGUUGGUCGUUUGGCUUCCUCUAGCCAAGGUGGUGGUGGAGUGCGGAAAGAGGUCUCCUUUGCUCCCUUGAACCUCUCUCAGGGUGCCCAGAGAGCCAGAGAUGUCCAUGGAGAGAGCACAGGCGUAAUAUCCAGCCGGACUGCGUAUGCAGCGCAGCCUGCAAGUUACAGUGACCCCAGAGUGACCGGUCUCCAGCAGCAAACGGGACAACCAGGCCAUGCUGUUGUGCUUGCCAAUGGACAACCAGUUCUUAUUCCCCUGGAGUAUCACCCGCAGCAUCAGGCCCAGCCACCACAGCAACACUACCCAGGACAGGCUAAUGAUGCCUCAGCCAGCCAUGCCUCUACCACCAUUGUCUCCAUUAACCCAAGCUUUAAAGCCUCUGAUUCUUCAGCCAGAGUGUGCCUCCCAGAAAGGGUGGAGCCGACCACACCUCAGCAGCAGCCUCCCCAGCAUCCUCCUGUCCAGCCUACAGCAGAUGUGACUCAGGCCCUAGCGUCAAGCCUCGCUCCCGCCCCGACUCCCUGCAAUCCGUCACAUUUCAUGAAGGGGGCCAUUAUCCAGCUGGCUACUGGGGAACUGAAGCGUGUGGAGGACCUGCAGACUCAGGACUUUGUGCGGAGUGCCGAGGUGAGUGGGGGUCUUAAGAUUGACUCCAGCAUGGUGGUGGACAUCCGCGCCAGCCAGCAGAGACCGGGUCUUGUGUCGCUUCACUUUACUGUGGGUGAGCAGCAGAGCAAAGUGACCAUCGAUGUGCCCCCAGAGCAUCCAUUUUUUGUGUUCGGACAGGGCUGGUCAUCCUGCAGCCCUGAGCACACAGCCCAGCUUUAUGGCUUGGCCUGCCAUCACCUGCAAGUAGGAGAUGUGUGUGUGUCCAUCACCUUGCAGCAGCAGCUCCAGCCGCAGCAGCAGAAACAACCACAGCACCAUCAUUCACAACAGCAGCAGCAGCAGCAGCAGCAACAACAACAGCAGAACCUGCCCCGGACUUUGAGCAAAACCAACGCUACAUCAGGACCCGGUCACCAGCUCAUGGGGCCCCCUGCACCUCAGCAGUCACGGCCUCAGUCUUAUUUCAGGAUAGACCGCAUCCACAGAGAAAGACAGAGGGAUGGUGAGAAAGAUGUUGUCGAUAAGGAGGAAGCCACACAUUUGGGGGUUGUCGGGCACACUGAGUUGCCUAUCAGACCAAGUAGGACCUCAGCUGAGCAUCCAAGGAGCCAGAGCAGUUACCACUCGCACACAGAGGGCUCUGCUUUUGCAGGGGCAGGGAUGGGAGUGAUGCAUGCUGCGCUAGGUGCUUCUCAGAGGCGCUGGUCCUCACCUGGUCUCCAAAGAUACAGUAUGAAGGGAGACGAAGGGCCACGCCCUCAGAUAAGCCCCUCCAGCCACACAAGGCCCUCUUUCAUCCCCCAGGAGGUCAAACUGUCCAUUGAGGGGCGCUCUAAUGCAGGGAAGUAGCAUCACAUUUGGUAGCAACUAUAGAAGAGACUGCCAUGAGUAAGAAUGAGUCUGACAAGGAGAGAAAGAGGAAAAAAAGAGUGUGAAUGUAGCCUCAGAAUGUUUGAGAUUUUGCACACCUAAAAUAUACAAAAUUAUGAGAUCGUUUUAUGUGGUGAGAAGUUCUGGUUUGGGUUGGGAAUCACUCAGAUAAAGGAUUCGAGCCAGUGCUUUCCCAGCCAGCUGAGGUCUGACGGGGACAAGAAAAGCUGAGUAGAAAGUAUGUAGCUGAUGAAAUGCCUACCAUAGUCCUUACACACUGCAUUUCUCUUCCUCCCUCCCUCCUUUGUCGCCACUUCCUCAUACCCACGCUUGGAGGUCACUAUCGCAUUCAGAACACUCUCGCUUCCUUUUUGACCAAACCGUCUCUUUGGAAGACCACGGACUACAAAGAAUGUGUUUUUUAGCACAUUCAAGCUACCAACUCUGCAGGUUCUGAUGUAUUUGAAAAAAAUCGCAGCCAGUGAUCUUUUAUCUCCUCCAUUCC